CGGGAGAAAGAAAGACGCGGCGGUCGAGACCGCUCGCGAAGCCGGGAAAUACAAGAUAGAGAUAGCCAUAACACGCGUCGCCGGAACCGAGUAGAUGUGGGCAGGGAUCGAGGCCAUCAUCGCUCCCAGCGUCACCCACAUUCCCGUUCUCGAUCGCCCCAUCAGAAACGUCGUCGACGCUCUCCUUCUUCCUCACGGUCCCCUUCACCUCCCCCUCGAUCCCGCAAGCCGCUCCCGGACCAAGUCGCUGCAUUCCAGGGCGAAACAAGUACAGAUGUGGCCCCACCGGUUGAGAAGGAGAAGCCCAAUUUCGCCAACACCGGCUUGCUGGCGAAGGAAUCGAAUACCGUGGCAGGCACCAACAUUACUCUGAAGUACCACGAGCCGCCAAACGCCCGAAAACCACCGGCAUCGGCGCCGUGGCGAAUGUACGUCUUCAAAGGCGCCGACCUCCUCGACACGAUCCCCUUGGGGGAGCGCACGUGCUGGCUGUUCGGACGGGAGCAAAAAGUGGCCGACAUCUUCCUGGAGCAUCCGAGCAAUAGCGGCCAGCACGCGGUCCUGCAGUUCCGUUACGUCCAACGGAAAAAGAUGGACGAACUAGGCUUCGAAAAGAUGGAGGGGCGGGUCAAGCCGUAUUUGAUGGAUUUGGAGAGCCGGAAUGGGACGUCGCUGAAUGAGGAGAAGAUCGGGGCCGCGAAGUAUGUGGAAUUGCGGGAUGGGGAUUUGGUGAGAUUUGGCGAGAGCGAGAGGGAGUAUGUUCUACAACUGCCGCCGAAG